AUGCCACCCUGCAAACAAAUUCCUAACCGCUUGCCUCCAAAUACAAAACCCUCUAUGUCCUUCUUCUUGCUUUUGUCCUUCUUCUUGCUUUUGCACCUUGCCAAGAGUAAGGUUUUGUCAUCCUUUUCUGAUUUUCAUUGCCGGAAUGGAACAAUUCCGGCAUAUCGGAGAGGUGGUUGGGAGUCUGAAAGCGCUUAUGGUUCUGCGCGAUGAAAUCCAAAUCAACCAACGACAAUGCGGUUUGAUUCUGGACAUAUUCAGUUUGGCGAUGGACACGAUCGCGGAGGAGAUGAGGCAGAACCUGAAGCUGGAAGAGAGGAAUAGCAAAUGGAAGGCUCUGGAAUCUCCUCUGACAGAGUUGUGCAGGGUUUUCAAAGAGGGAGAGCAUUACAUAAAGCAAUGUUUGGAUUCCAAAGAUUGGUUGGCAAAAGCCAUCACCCUCUCUCACCACCGCGACUGCGUGGAGUUCCACAUCCACAACCUUCUCUGUUAUUUCCCGGCGGUGAUCGAGGCGAUCGAGAUUGCGGGAGAGAUUACUGGUUUGGAUUCGGAGGAGAAGGCAAAGAAGAAGGUGAUACUGGGUCGAAAGUAUGACGUGGAAUGGAAGGACCCGGAGCUGUUCCAAUGGAAGUUCGGGAAGCAGUAUCUGGUCCCGCGCGGGAUUUGCAAGAAGUUGGAAAACGCGUGGAGAGAGGACAGGUGGAGGCUCAUCGAGGCCAUCAAGGACAAGAUUGCGAAAGAGGGUGAUUCAACUGCGUUCAGUAAGAGCGAUCAUGGCCUCGCUGAUAUGCUCCUCAAAAAGCUUCUCAAUGGGUCGGAAAUCAGCCCAAUUGCGGUGCUUGUCGGGUCUCAAGAUUUCCUGGUGCGACGGAGGUUGGGCCGUCGGAGGGACUUCAACGAAAUCCAAUGGUUGGGACAGAGUUUCGCGAUGAGGAACUUUCAAGGGGAGAGAGAAACGUACCAGGCUGAGGUUUUCUCUCUGCUCUCGCUUUCACACCCAAACAUAUUGCAACACCUUUGCGGGUUUUACGACGAGGAGAAGAAAGAGUUCUCUUUUGUGAUGGAGUUGAUGAACAAGGAUUUGUGGACUCACAUGAAAGAGAAUUGCGGUCCCAGGAGACAGAUUCUGUUCUCUGUCCCUGUUGUGGUGGAUCUCAUGCUUCAGAUGGCCAGAGGCAUGGAGUACCUGCAUUCCCAAAACAUUUGCCAUGGAAACCUUAACCCUCGUAAUAUUCACCUCAAGAAAAGGAACUCCCAAGAGGAUUAUUUUCAGGCAAAGGUUGCAGGAUUUGCCUUGUCUUCUGUCAACAAUGAUAAUGUUGACGAUACUGCGAUUCAGGACUUUAACCCUUUAACCUGGUAUGCUCCUGAAGUUCUGUCCCGGAUGGAACAAACGCAUAAUGGUCCUGCUUCUUCUUCUUCGAAGAAAGUCGAUGUUUACAGCUUUGGGAUGAUAUGCUUCCAGUUGCUGACAGGGAAAGUGCCUUUUGAAGAUAACCACCUUCAAGGAGACAAAAUGAAACAAAACAUCACGGUCGGUGAAAGGCCUUUGUUUCCUUACCAUUCCCCGAAAUACCUUGUGAAUUUGAUCAAGAAGUGCUGGCAAACUGACCCUGCUCAGCGUCCCAGCUUCUCCUCCAUCUGUAGGAUUCUGCGGUACACCAAAAAGUUCCUUGCCAUGAACUCAGAGUCCCAUCUCAUCAACCCUGAGUUCAACGUUCUUGAGGUUCCGCCUGUGGAUUGCUUCGAGAUAGAGACAACGUUCCUAAAGAGCUCUUCAACCGAGAGGUCAUCUUGUGUGUCCUCUGUGUUCCAGAUACCCUAUGAAAUGUUUGCUUAUAAGGUUCUGGAGAAAGGGAAAAUGAAUCCUAACAACAGUACUACCAAAGAUGAGUGUUGCGAGCACCACCGAAAGGAUUGGUGUAGGAGUGAAAGUGAUGACCCAAGUACAGAGUGUGAUGAAGAUAAAACCUUCACAGUGAAAGAUCCGCUCCCUCAAACAACCCAUCCCACAUCAGUUUGCAGUGAAGUGCCCGACAAGAAAGCUGUUAGAAUAAAGAACCAAACACAUGUAAAGGCAAAGAAUAUCCAAGAAAAACCAAAAUUGCUGGCGACAAAAUCAUUUCCACCGUCUUUAUCAAAUCGAGUUUCAAGGAGCAGAAAGGUGAAUACACCGACAUUGACACCAACCAGAUUGAGCCCCGUUAAAAGACGACCUUCCCUGAGAUCUGAAUCGGAUGGCAACUUCAAAGGGAAUCGAUCAGCGUCACCAUCACUUCCCAAUCCUUUAAGGAAAAAACACGAUGGCAGUUUGUCGGAUACUAAGGCCAGCGUAAGGUUCAAAAAAAUGGAUCAGUCAGCAUUACCUAGAUAUGGCAGCAUGACAGAUAGUUCAAGGAUGAAGAAAUCGCAAAUGACAUUGAACCAAUCUUUGAGCGCGGGAAAACUAAGACGUGCCAACACUGACACCAAUUUGAAGGUGCUCGCGCGAACCCAUCUCCUGAGCACUUCAAAAACAUCCACAAAGAGCGGAAAAGGUGGUAAUGUCUCAGUUUUGGAGAACGGUUCAAGCAUGUCAACGGGUAGGUUUUCGCCAUUGGCACUGAGCCCCCCCCAAAGCCCCCAUCUGAGAACAAAUAAAGCAACCGGUCAUCUCUCUGACUCCGAAAGCAGUUUUGUGAAAAAAAGAGGAAGCAUGUCACUGUUAAAAACUAGUGGCCAUGCCUCGGAUUAAGGCCCUUUUAACUUUCACGACUUCUGGUGGAAGAUUCUCAUGUUUUGAGAUUAUUUGAGUAGUCAUCACCUUACCUUUCUUAGCUAGCACAGUUCUAGUACUUUCACUGUUUUUUGCGUCAUGCAAAUCUUCCCCACGUUUAUAUGCUCCUCCUUAACACAUGCAAACAUGGAAACUCAAAAUGUAGCUUUUUAAGGGAAGGUUAGAAGCAUAGUUUCAUGCAUAGUUGUAUUAUUGGCAAUCUUUUGGAGCGCUUUAUUUCGGAGGAGAGAUAUAUGUAUAAGAAUUAUUGGAGGUUGCCUCUC